AUGUCAAUUUUGGCUGGGCCGCGUCGGAAGCAACGACUAAGUGUCGAUCCGCGAAAUUUGCAGUGGAAAAAUGACGAGAAGAAAUUUUCGCAAAAACUAAUGGAGAAAAUGGGAUGGUCCGAAGGAGAUGGACUUGGCAAGAAUCGUCAAGGGAAUGCCGACAGCGUGAAACUGAAAGCCAACUAUACCGGCAAAGGACUUGGAGCUGAUAAGCUGGCAUCAUACGAUAGCACUUGGAUUGCACAUCAUGACGACUUUGCUGAUCUACUCAGUGCGCUGAACAAAAACAAGGAAGAGAACGGCGCCACUGAAGAAGAGAAGGAGGAACGUGCAAAGAAAAUCUCACUUGAGUUAAGCAGUAAAAGUCUGCGAAGACGAAUUCACUAUCAAAAAUUUACACGAGCAAAAGACGUAUCGAAUUACACCGAAAAAGAUCGUUCCGCAGUUCUCGGCCUUGGGCUCAGCAGAGUAAAACAGGAGAGUCCAAAGAAAGAAGAAUCAAAAGUCGAACCGCUGAAAGAAGAGGAAGGAUCGAAUGAUGUGCCAAAAACGAACACAACUGUCAGUAAACUGUCUGUUGGAGAGUACUUCGCUGCCAAAAUGGCUGCGCUGAAUGCGCGGAGGGGAAAAGUGGAGAGUGAAGCGAAUGUCGAUGUUGACGUGAAGGUUGGAGAAAGUGAAAUCACUUGUGAGGCCCGAAGGCUCGAAACCCGUGAAGAGCGGAAGGAAAGGAAAAAGAGGAAGAAAGAAGCAAAAAUUCGACAAGAGUCAUUGCAGUGCGUAGCAUCAGCAGAAACUUUCGAGAUGGAGAUAGAAGUCUCCAAAGAAGAAGAAGUCGAUGAAAAAGAAAAACGAAAACGGAAGAAAAGGAAAAACGCUUUGGAACUAUCAUUAGAAAACGAAGAAACAGGAAUGGAGAGAGACUCGACAAGGACAAAAAUUUUUGAAGACGACGCUGGAAAGAACGCAAGUGGAGUUUUUGUCAAAAAUAAGAAAAGAAAAAUGGAAAAACAAGAUCUGGAAGAUGAAGAUGAACCAUUCGAAGAUGAACUCAUGAAGUCCAACAAAAAGGUGAAAAAGGACAGAAAAAAUGAGAGCAAGAAAAAGCAAGAAGGAGAGUGA